AUGUUGAUAGAGGAAAAGAAUGACGGAAGGAUAGGUGGUUCUCAUCACGUGACAUUGGAGGAGAAUAGGGAAGAAGAGGAAACCCAACGAUCUGUCUCUCAGUUUGGAUUCGGUACCACCACCUGCUUGGGAUACUUGGCUCUGGAUAAUACAUGGUCCGAUGAUUGGGUGGAAUUUUUCGUCCGCCAAAGAUUAAAGCCUAAGUGGGAUUGCAUUGAACAAAACUCGGGGAACCGAACGCUGAUUGAACUGUGGCCGCAUAUAGAACGGCGUAUACCGAGCUUAUUCCGCAGUAUCGACCGCAUCACCCCAGCCCUGCUGCACGGCGACCUACACGGGGCAAACGUUGCCGAAACAGCGACUGGCCCAGUGAUCUUCGAUCCCGCCUGUUUAUACGGGCAUCACGAGUUGGAGCUGGUAGCGACCCGAGACUAUGUCGACUUCAACCAAGAAUUCUUUCCAGCUUAUCACAGACUGAUACCCAAAGCAGAGGGCUUCGAACAGAGGGAAAGACUCUACAAAAUAUUCUCCUAUCUCAACUACUGGAGUCUCUUUGACGACAGGUACAAAGAUAAAGUGACAGCGCUAUCUACAGAACUAUUGGCAAAUUGAUUACAUAUAUAAAUAUAUAUUAUAUCUAAUAUAUUAACACAUAUGGUAGCUCAAUAUUAAUAUAUAAAAAUAGGCUAUGGCAAUAAUUCCUUGAAAGAUUGUGCAAUCAUAUUCAUCCAAUGAAAUUCAAAUAUGUUUUUGGAAGUUGU